AUGUCUCAAAGCGUCUCCAUUGCCUCCAUUCUCCGCGACCCGGCGCUGUACACCCUCGUCCAAGAUCAGAUCGAGGAGGCGACUCUCAAGAUCUCCGCCUGGGAGCAGCUGAAGGCCCUGGCUCACCGCGAGACCGUUCUCGAAAACUACUUGUGGGAGAAGGACUCCGACGACGUCCUUAUGUUCUGUCAUCGCGGCUGA